CUCUAGUGUGCUUUGCUUGCGUGUUGAUACUAGCGUCUUGAACGAGCGCGAGCGGGGAGCUAUGCAGAUCGAGCGCAGCGAAAAUCUGACAGAGGUUGCAAAACCAAAGGAUUUCUUCGUCAAAUUUAAAGACGAGGAAGGAGGAGGAGGAGCAAGCGGUGGAGACUUCAAGCCACUGGCGAGUCCCACGACUCCAUUCCAGUUCGAAGCAAGGCAGGAUCAUCUCGAUCGUCUGCAACACCAGCGGCAGCAGCAGCAGCAGCGGCAGCGGCACUUCUUCGAGGAUCCAACCCUGUUCGAUGAGGAUGCAGCGAGGAGGAUCCAAAACACUCUCCAAUUGCAACUCCUGAGCUACGUACGCCUCCAUGGUGUCCAGCAGCAGCAAAACAGCCGCUACUCGCAGCAAGGAGCUCCAAUUCCGGAAUACUUCCAGGAGCAGCGCCACGAACACCAUCCCACCAUCGCUUUGCUCCAGCAAAGGUUCCAACGUCUCGAGAGGGACAAGGAGAUGAGACAGACCAAGCAGUUAUACAACUCCAACCAUGAAGUGAUCAUCCAGCCUCGGCCAAGUUUCACAUCCCCGUGUUCUACCUUUCCUCCUCCUCCAUCUUCAUCUUCUUCCAUGUCAACCUCUUGCAAUCCUCAUCACAAUCUCAUGAGAAACACCACCACCUCUAGUUCCAUGGUCUUUCCUGUUCAUCCCGACACUCCAGCUCCGUUUUUCGGCACCAUCAAUCCAGAGAAGGAUCCUGUCGAUCAUCCUCAUGGUGCCAAGAGCAGCAAAACGGUUCUCUUGUCACUGCUUGAUAAUCCGGCACAGGACGAGUUCUCGGAUCAAUCCGAGCUCCCAGCUUCAAAUUCGUCGGCCUCGCUGCUGCCUCGUGAUCUUGUACAGCAGCCGUACCGGCCAGGCCUCCUCAAGAAUUGGAAAACUGCAAAGAGAAGCAUACCGAUUGAUGACGACGAGGAGGUGGACACGUCCUUGCAUCUUUGAUAACCAGCUUUGAAAAAACUUGUAAAAAUAUAUGUAAAGAAGAAGAAAAGAAAAAAGGAAGAAGAUCAAGUAUGCACGUAAGAGUAAAGUCAGCCAGUUUGGUUCUCAUAGCCGAGGAUUCUCUAUAAAUAAAGUGGAGGACGAAUGCUU